AUGGUCUUUGGGCACUGCCACAGGAAGAGCACAGAGAGUGCUGGGCAGAUUCCAGAACCAGCAGUCACCCCUUCAAGGGAGCUGGUGGGGAGCAACCCUCCACAGAGAAACUGGAAAGGAAUCGCGAUCGCCUUGCUGGUCAUUCUGGUCAUCUGUUCCCUGAUCGUCACCUCGGUCAUCCUGCUGACACCAGCGGAAGAUAAUAGUCUGUCUCAAAAGAAGAAGGUCACCGUGGAAGAUCUUUGCAGUGAUGAUUUUAAAAUCCACGACCCGGAGGCAAAGUGGAUAAGUGAUAAAGAAUUCAUCUACAGAGAACGGACGGGAACUGUGAUACUGAGGAACGUUGAAACAAAUAACUCUACAGUGCUAAUAGAAGGCAAAAGAAUCCAAUCCUUAAAAGCCAUCAGAUACGAAAUCUCUCCAGACAGGGAAUAUGCUCUCUUCUCCUAUAACGUGGAACCGAUAUAUCGACACUCCUACACUGGAUUUUAUGUCCUGAGCAAAAUUCCGCAUUGGGACCCUCAGAGUCUGGACCCACCGGAAGUCAGCAAUGCAAAGCUGCAGUAUGCAGGGUGGGGCCCCAAGGGACAGCAGCUGAUUUUCAUCUUCGAGAACAACAUCUACUACCGCGCACACGUGGGGAAGCAGGCCAUCCGCGUGGUCUCCACGGGGAAGGAGGGUGUGAUCUACAACGGCCUCAGCGACUGGCUCUACGAAGAGGAGAUCCUGAAGACCCACAUCGCACACUGGUGGUCUCCGGAUGGCACACGGCUGGCCUACGCCACCAUCAAUGACUCCCGCGUGCCUGUCAUGGAGCUGCCGACCUACACGGGCUCCCCAUACCCCUCCGUGAAGCCCUACCACUACCCCAAGGCUGGCAGUGGAAACCCCAGUAUCUCCCUGCACGUGACUGGCCUGAAUGGACCUGCCCAUGACCUGGAGAUGACGCCGCCAGAUGACCCCCGCAUGAGGGAGUACUACAUCACCAUGGUGAAGUGGGCCACCAGCACCAAGGUUGCCGUGACCUGGCUGAACCGGGCGCAGAAUGUGUCCAUCCUGACCCUCUGCGACGCCACAACCGGGGUCUGCACAAAGAAACACGAGGAUGAAAGCGAAGCAUGGCUCCACAGACAGGGAGUCCGUGACGUCUGCUCUCCGGUGUGCAUCUGUCACAUGUCUGCGGCCUCCACACCAAGCCCCCCGUAUGAGUGGGAGCUCCUUGAGUCUGGAAACAGACUUGGUAGCCAGCUCAUUGGCGUUCACCGACGGAAACUUCUAAACCUGAGCCUCAGAAAGUCGAUGCUUCGGGAAGGCUGGCGCUGGGCUGCUGCGCUGGGGACCAACCCGGAUGACGGCCGCGCUGCACCCUAUACCCCUAACUCUGGCCCGGGGAACCCCAGAAUGGUGGCUCUGUUUCCAAAGAGGAGUGACCUUUGCUCGGAUCCGGCCGUGUCCCCUCCUGUCUGCCGGACCACACUGCCAAGACCAAGCUACUUCCUGAGCACGGAGGACCUGCCCCGGAGACGGCAGCUGUACAGUGCCGACACGGUGGGCAACUUCAACCGGCAGUGUCUGUCCUGCGACCUUGUGGAGAACUGCACCUACUUCAGCGCCAGCUUCAGCCACAGCAUGGACUUCUUCCUGCUCAAGUGCGAAGGUCCGGGCGUGCCCAGAGUGACCGUGCACAACACCACGGAUAAGAAAAAACUCUUCGACCUGGAAACCAAUGAGCAUGUUUGGAAGGCCAUUGGUGACCGGCAGAUGCCCAAGAUAGAAUACAAGAAAAUCGAGAUCGACGAUUACAGCCUGCCCAUGCAGAUCCUGAAGCCGGCCACCUUCACAGACACCACCCACUACCCGCUGCUCCUUGUGGUGGACGGCACUCCGGGCAGCCAGAGCGUGGCGGAGAAGUUCGAGGUGACCUGGGACACAGUGCUGGUGAGCAGCCACGGGGCGGUGGUGGUGAGGUGUGACGGCCGGGGCAGCGGCUUCCAAGGAACCAAGCUCCUGCACGAAGUGAGGCGGCGGCUGGGCGCGCUGGAGGAGAGGGACCAGGUGGAGGCCGUGCGGACCAUGCUGAAGGAGACAUACAUCGACAAGACGCGGGUGGCUGUGUUUGGGAAGGAUUACGGUGGCUACCUGAGCACCUACAUUCUCCCGGCCAAGGGCGAGCACCAGGGCCAGCUGUUCACCUGCGGCGCUGCCGUCUCUCCCAUCACAGACUUCCACCUCUACGCGUCGGCAUUCUCUGAGCGCUACCUGGGCCUCCACGGACUCGACAACAGGGCCUAUGAGAUGACCAAGGUGGCCCACCGAGUGUCAGCACUGGAGGGACAGCAAUUCCUGCUCAUCCACGCCACGGCCGAUGAAAAAAUCCAUUUCCAGCACACGGCAGAGCUCAUUACGCAGCUAAUCAAGGGAAAGGCCAAUUACAGCUUACAGAUCUACCCCGACGAGGGCCACUACUUCCACAGCACCGCCCUCCAGCAGCACCUGAACCGGGCCAUCAUCAACUUCUUCGUGGAGUGCUUCAGGAUCCAAGACCAGCUACCCACAGCCACAGCGAAAGAGGAGGAAGAAGAGGACUAAGCACACGUCUGCCCUGCGCGCGCUCUCACACACACACACACACACACAUACACACACGUGCAACUGAGACCUCUCCCCGGAGCCUAA